UAUCUUUGGAGGUGGAAUUUGGACGGUCGGGCAGUUGACUGUGAUGACUGAUUGAUCCAAACGUGCAGGUUCAAUGCACCCUUCAACGUACGCGCAGCACAGCAGUGCUAAACUUUGACCCUGGCAGAGUGCAAUCAACUUCACCCAGUUGCAAAGUUACGCAGAGAAAAGGCACCCAAGUGGUCUUUGGGCUUGUGUCACGGGAAGCUGAUAAGGUUGCUCAGUCUCCAGUAGUUCCUCUGGGAGUUGUGAUCAACAAACUGCAAGGAAGAGCAUCAUGCUGAGUAAAGAUCUUCCAGAUAUCGAGAUAACAGGCAAAGAAUGAAAGCGCCAAGAUGGAUGCUCGUGUUUUCUUGGACUGACGUGUGCUUCAUGUGUUUUUUUUUUGUUUUUUUUUUAGAGCAUCUUGGCUCUGAAUCCGAGGGUCAAGACUCACGCUCAGCUCAUGUCCACAGCAAACAAGAAGAAAGAAAAGAAACACUGGAAGCGAAACCCUGACAGGAGUUGCGACUCCUGUGUGAAGUUAGAAAACAACUUUGAUGAUAUCAAACACACAACCCUGAGUGAGCGUGGAGCUCUUCGAGAAGCUCUAAGGUGUCUGAAAUGCGCAGAUGCUCCCUGCCAGAAGAGCUGCCCCACCAACUUGGACAUCAAGUCAUUUAUUACUAGCAUCUCCAACAAGAACUACUAUGGAGCAGCGCGAGCCAUCCUGUCUGACAACCCCCUGGGUCUGACCUGUGGAAUGGUGUGUCCCACGUCAGAGCUGUGUGUGGGGGGCUGCAACCUGUACGCCUCCGAGGAAGGUCCGAUUAACAUCGGAGGCUUGCAGCAGUUUGCUACUGAGGUGUUUAGUAAGAUGGGCAUCCCUCAGAUCAGAAAUCCUGAGUUGCCACCGCCCGAUGAGAUGCCACCGCCUUACCAUGCACCCAUUGCCCUGAUUGGCUGUGGCCCCGCCUCCAUCAGCUGUGCCUCUUUUCUUGCCCGCCUGGGAUACGAUAACAUUACCGUCUUUGAGAAACAGAAGUACACCGGUGGGCUAAGCACAUCAGAAAUUCCCCAGUUCCGCCUUCCUUAUGAGGUCGUGCAGUUUGAAAUUGACUUGAUGAAGGACCUGGGAGUCAAGGUGGUGUGUGAGAAAGGUCUUGGUGUGAACGGAAUGACUCUGACUUCCCUGAAGGAACAAUUCAAGGCCGUCUUCAUUGGAAUCGGUCUCCCCCAGGCCAACAGGGCAAAAAUCUUUCAAGGUUUAACCAUGGAUCAAGGCUUCUUCACUUCUAAAGACUUUCUGCCCAUGGUGGCCACAGCAAGCAAGAGAGGUAUGUGUCAGUGCCGCUCAGCUCUCCCUGAGUUGCGAGGAGCGGUGAUCGUCCUGGGAGCAGGCGACACUGCCUUCGAUUGCGCCACCUCUGCCCUCCGCUGCGGAGCCAAGAGAGUGUUUGUCUGCUUCAGGAAGGGAUUCACCAACGUCAGAGCUGUUCCUGAGGAAAUGGAGUUGGCGAAGGAGGAACAGUGUGAGUUCCUCCCCUUCCUGUCUCCGCAAGAGGUCAUCAUGAAGAACGGGCGAGUUGCUGGCUUACAGUUUUGUCGCACUGAGCAGACUGAGGAAGGCGACUGGUUGGAAGAUAAGGACCAAGUUGUGAGGCUGAAGGCAGAUUACAUCAUCAGUGCUUUCGGUUCCAUGCUCAGUGAGCCAACAGUGAGUGAUGCCAUGGCUCCAGUCAAGCUGACCCGUUGGGGUACUCCUGAGGUGAACACGGAAACCAUGCAGACCAGUGAGCCCUGGGUAUUUGCAGGGGGGGACAUUGCUGGACUGGCAAACACCACGGUGGAAUCAGUGAAUGAUGGAAAACAGGCCUCAUGGCAUAUUCACAGAUACAUUCAGUCCCUGCAUGGCCACACGGUGGAUGCAGUACCAAAGAUGCCGUUGUUCUACAGUGCCAUUGACCGGGUGGACAUCAGUGUCGAGGUUUGUGGAAUAAAGUUUCCCAACCCGUUUGGCCUGGCUUCUGCUCCUCCCACUACCAGCACAGCCAUGAUCCGAAGAGCUUUUGAACAAGGCUGGGGCUUUGCGUUGACCAAGACAUUUGGACUGGAUAAAGACCUGGUGACCAACGUGUCUCCUCGUAUUGUGCGCGGUACCACCUCUGGUCACGUGUAUGGACCAGGUCAGGGGUCGUUCCUUAACAUUGAGCUGAUCAGUGAAAAGACAGCAGCCUACUGGUGUCAGUCAGUUGCCGAGCUUAAGAAAGACUUUCCCAAAAAUGUUGUCAUCUCCAGCAUCAUGUGCGGUUAUAACAAGGAAGACUGGACAGAGAUAGCCCAGAUGGCUGAGAAAUCAGGAGCUGAUGCCUUGGAGCUGAACCUGUCGUGUCCUCACGGGAUGGGAGAGAGAGGCAUGGGCCUGGCUUGCGGGCAGGACCCCGUGUUGGUGCGUAACAUCUGUCGCUGGGUGCGAGCUGCUACUUCCAUCCCAUUCUUUGCCAAACUCACACCAAAUGUCACCAACAUUGUUGACAUUGCCAAGGCUGCCUAUGAAGGUGGAGCAGAUGGAGUUACGGCUACAAACACAGUCUCGGGAAUGAUGGGACUGAAGGCAGAUGGCUCGCCUUGGCCAAGUGUUGGGGCUGGCAAACGCACCACAUAUGGAGGAGUGUCAGGUAAUGCCAUCAGACCCAUCGCUCUUCGAGCUGUCUCAGCCAUUGCAAGAGCGCUUCCGGGCUUCCCAGUUUUGGCCACGGGGGGCAUUGACUCUGCAGAAACUGGUCUACAGUUUCUGCACGCUGGUGCCUCGGUGCUGCAGGUGUGCAGUGCUGUUCAGAACCAGGACUUCACUUUGAUUGAGGACUACUGUGUGGGUUUGAAGACCUUGCUGUACCUGAAGAGCCUUGACCUGAAGGACUGGGAUGGUCAGUCUCCUCCAACUGAGAGACACCAGAGAGGAAAACCCAUUCCAAGACUGGAAGACCUGGUUGGACAGAGUCUUCCGAGUUUUGGACCAUUUCUUGAGAAGAGGACGGAGGCCAUUGCACGGUACAAGAAACAGACGAAAGGCGCUGCUGGCGCAGAUGCAGAGGAAGCCAACAUCACCAGAAUUAGCACACCUAAUAAACCAGUUCCAGCUGUCAAGGACGUGAUAGCAAGAGCAUUGCGCCACAUUGGAGCGUACCAAGAACUUAACAAUAUGGAGCAGGUCCAGGCUGUGAUAGAUGAAGAGAUGUGUAUCAACUGUGGGAAAUGCUACAUGACUUGCAACGACUCAGGCUAUCAGGCUAUUACCUUCCACCCGGAGACCCAUCUUCCGUCUGUAACUGACAACUGUACUGGGUGCACGCUGUGCUUGAGUGUCUGUCCAAUCAUAGACUGCAUCAAGAUGGUUGCCAGGACAACAGCCUAUCAGCCCAAGAGGGGUGUGCCCAUCAGUCCUGUCUAUUGAAGGAUGAGGCAACUAAAGCCAAAAGUCACCAUUUCAGGCCUAAGACGCAGGGAUGUCAAUUUGGAAAUCUGUCACAGUGCUGAUAUUAAUGUGCUUUUAACCAUCCCACUCAAUUUAGGGAUUUACAAGUGGCUACUGGGGUUUUGGUACCAGAUAAGACUGCCCCCUUGUUUUGUGGGUCUCAUGUUGUUCUCAUGUCCUUUUCAUUUCCACGUAACAUCCUGGAAUUGGCUGUUAUCAUCAGGUCUCGAUAAAACUAGUAUUUAAGGAACACAUAUGUUACAUAUGAGUGCUGUCCCGCCCUUAAGGUGCUAACAGUACGUGACACAUUGCCACUGAUCCAUGUCAUUCGUGAUUUAUGACCAAUGAUGGGUGCAUUAACAGCUUUCAAACUGCUUACUUCUUCUGUGUACUGAUCUUUGCAGAAAUGAUUGUUUCAAGUUCAUAAUCUAUGAAUCAAACCUGUUUUUUUUUUUUACUCCACAUUGAUUAUUUUAAACAAAUAUUGUAUGAUAGUAUUGGACUUAAAUGGCUUCUCUAGCAUUAGAUGCAGAUGGCAGAAUUUCCUUCAGAAUCAAUAAAGUAUCUACCCAACCUAA